AUGGCCUCAGCCAAAGUCGCCAAGCUGGCGCCCAACGACCCGCGGGUCGAGCACAAGGACGUGCAGGUCAACGGCCGGACCUACCACUACAUGCUGGCCCGUCCCCCAGCCGGCGCGGAGCCCAAGGCCACCAUCCUCCUGGUUCACGGCUUCCCGGAUCUCGGGCUCGGGUGGCGCAACCAGGUCCCCGUGCUGGCCGCGCAAGGGUUCCAGGUCGUGGUGCCGGACGUGCUCGGGUACGGCGGGAGCGAUGCCCCGCAGGACGUCGAGUCGUACCGCCACAAGUCCGUCGUCGACGACCUGCUGGCCGUGCUCGACUCCCAAGACCUCAUCGUCCCCCUCGGCCCGACCAGGGAGCGCCGUGUCGUGCUGGGCGGCCACGACUGGGGCGGCCAGAUCGUCUGGCGCUUCACCGAGUGGCACCCGGACCGCGUCGCCGCCACCUUUAGCGUCUGCACGCCCUACUUCCCGCCCAUGCCGUCCUACGUCGACCUCCCCACCCUGACGCAGAUCAUACCGAGCUUCAAGUACCAGCUGCAGUUCGCGUCCGAGGAGGUCGUGGAGCGCACCACGGGCCCCGACGGGAAGCCGGACCGCGCCGUCAUCAAGGCCUUCCUCAACGCGCUGUGGGGAGGUGCCGGCACCGUGCAGGCCGCCGACGCGCCCAGGGGCUUCACCGCCGCCGAGGGCGUCAACUUCUCCAUCAUCAAGGACCUGCCGCAGGCCCAGCUGAUGAGCGUCGAGGAGCUAGACUACUACGCGGACCGCUACGCUCGCAACGGCAUGCGUGGUCCCACGAACUGGUACAGGGUCAGAAAGGUCAACUUUGAGGACGAGCAGGUCCUGCUGGAGCGGAGGAAGAAGCAGGCCGAGGAGACGGGCGAUGAGCCCAAGAUCAAGACCCCCUCGCUCUUCAUCUCGGCGUCGAGGGACGUUGCCCUGCCCCCUGCCAUGUCGGCAAACAUGGACAAGAGCUUUGAGAGCCUGACCCGUGGACAUGUCGAUGCUUCGCACUGGGCCCUCGUCGAGGCCGCCAGCGAGGUCAAUUCCAUCAUUUUGAGCUUCUUGGACAAUGUAUUUAAGCCAAGGGCAUCCAUGUAG